CUCUGAUGGUUAUAUGAUUGUUCUCUGCAGACUUUAUUCUGGAUCAUUUGCGGAUUUCUGGUGUUUUAAAUUCACUCCCGCUGAGCAGAACUUUAAAUAUGAGUAGGACUCAGAGGUGAAGAUGAUAAUAGCGUCCCAGUUUGACUUUUUGUUGGAGGUGUGGGUGACGUGGGAGGGUCAAAUGCCCAAACCUGCUCAGAGCAGACAGGAGGAGCGCCGAGAGCACGGAGCAGAGCCGAACCCGGCCGGGCAGGCAGAGACAGCUCCAGCGGGAGGAGGAGGAGGACGGUUCACCGAGGCUUCGGUGGGAGCUCUGGGCGGCUGAAGCGGCAGAGGGUCUGACGCACCAUGGCUGUGUCGGUGCGGAGUUGGGUCGCCAACGAGGGAGGAAAGCACUUGGUCCUGAUGCUGUGGCUGGGAGCCAACACCUGGCUGUUCCUGAGGACCUACCUGCUCUACUCCACUGGACAACAGUACCACUACCUCUACAAGAUGCUUGGGCUCGGACUGUGCAUCAGCAGAGCGUCUGCAUCUGUGCUGAACCUGAACUGCUGUUUGGUGCUGCUGCCCAUGUGCCGUUCUCUGCUGACCUUCAUACGAGGAACGCACACAGUGUCAUCAAGAAAGACACGCAGACUGUUAGACAAGAGCAAAAGCUUUCAUGUUGCAUGUGGCGUCGCUAUCUGCCUCUUCUCUGCUGUGCACGUUUCAGCCCACCUGGUGAAUGUUGUCAACUUCAGCCUGAGCUACUCGGAUGACUUUCCGGCUCUCAACUUGGCUCGCUACAGAGGAGAGGACCCAAAGUGGAUUAUUUUGAGCACAAUCCCAGGAGUUACUGGUGUCCUGCUGGUUCUGAUCCUCCUCCUGAUGUUCAUCUCCUCCUCCUAUUGCAUCCGGGUGUCCAACUAUGAGAUCUUCUGGUACACACACAACCUCUUCAUUGUGUUCUACACCAUCCUGAUGGUGCACAUGGUUGGUGGAGCUCUGAAGUAUCAGACCAAUCUGAAGGCCCACCCCCCCGGCUGUCUCAGAACCAAUCAGAGCAACUCAAAGCUGCAGGAUGAAGACCUCGUCCAGGCUGAGGAUGAUGAUAUUAGAUGCAGAGAAGAUGCUCAUUUUGAGCCGCAUUACCCUCAGACUUGGCUGUGGGUGUCCGGUCCCCUCUGUCUUUACUGUGUGGAGCGUUUAUAUCGCUACAUUAGGAGCAGUGACCCCGUAACCAUAGUAACAGCCAUCAGGCAUCCCUGUAAUGUUGUAGAGCUGCGUAUGCUGAAGAAGGACUUCAAAGCUCGACCGGGACAGUAUAUUGUUCUUAACUGUCCAGGCGUGUCUUCAUUUGAGAACCAUCCCUUCACCCUGACAAAGUGUCCCACAGCAAACAAGGAGACUUUUGGCAUUCAUCUGCGAGUGGUGGGAGACUGGACUGAUCGCUUCACUCAGCUGUUACUUCCUCCACCAAGGGCUGACAUGGAGAUCCUCCCCAUGGUCCAGCAGAGGAGAUACCCCAAGGUUUUUGUUGAUGGUCCAUUUGGAGGUCCUUCGGAGGACGUCUUCAACUACGAUGUCAGUCUCUGUGUUGCUGGGGGAAUUGGAGUCACGCCGUUUGCCUGUGUGCUGCAAGCUCUGCUUGACGGCUGGAGGGGUUUCCGACUGCAGAGGCUGUACUUUGUUUGGGUCUGCAAGGAGAUUCAGUCUUUCUACUGGUUUGCAGAGCUGCUAUGUGCUCUGCACAAGAAGCUUUGGCAGGAGAACAGACCAGACUACUUUAAUCUGAAACUCUAUGUGAGUUGCACAGAAAGCUUACAGCGCAUGUCUGAGGAGCGGUACCGCCCACUUUCAUCCCGGCUGCUGGUUGGUCGACCCAAGUGGAAGAUGAUUCUUGAUGAGAUUGGAAAGAGUAAUAAAAAUAGGCGAGUUGGUGUUUUCUGUUGUGGACCAAAAAGCAUCUCCAAGACUCUCCACAGACUGUGUAACUCGACCCGAUCCAGUGGAACAGUGUUUGAAUUCAACAAGGAGUCCUUCAGCUGAUUAAACGUCACAGCUGGUUACUGAAUUACUUUUAUAAAUAUCCUCAACUUGAACAUUUAUGAACCUUUUGGCUGUCCGGUGUCUCCAGACAUGAAAGGAACCAGCUCAUGAAGUUCUUCGUGUGCUAUGUGAUCAUCCUGACCUCCAGCUGAGAGCUUCUGCUGCUCCAACUUCAUCAUGUGAUUGUGCGAACAUGUGAGCAGACUGAAGAAAACCAGCUCACAGUCUCCUCAUAACCUUGUGCUUUUCCUAAAGCCUUGACACUGCCGUCUAAAGAAAAACGUUUGUUUUCUCACACUGGAGGAAAAGAUUUAACUAAACCGGUGAUCUAGCACAAAUACAACAGGGGACUCCAUCCUUUACAGGUCUUGAACAUCUCUCUAGUCUCACUCAGGGAUCAGACAGCUUUGUAAAUACAGCAGACAGAAACUCUGAAGACCAAAUGCAGAUCUGACUCAUCAUCACUGGUCACCACUGGAUAUAUGAGGCUCUCAGACUGGUACGUUUGCCCUUUAAUACAAAACAGGAUUAGUGUCAUUUAUCCAGAGCCAAGAGUCCAGGGUUACCGAGUUUCUAGUCAGCUUUAGCAACACCGAGUGCAGUCUCUGUUGAGGAAGUUAUCUGAAUCUAUCUCUAAAGCAAACUCAGGGUGGAUUGAAGCUGGUUUAUAACAGGGCUUGUUUUUCAGCAGUUGCUGCAGUUUGAGGGAGAUGUUCAGAUCAACUGCAACCAAAAUGAGUUCAAGAGUUCUGGUUGAGGGGGCAGAUUUUGCUUUGAACUCUACCGUUCCACAGUGCAUUAAAAACCACAUUUAAUAGAUAUAUUUUUACCUUGAUGAAAUGUUUUAGUGUAGUUUUUUACAGAGACGUGCAUCCUUUCCUUUGGCUGAUGAGAAAUACUGAAGCUUGGUGAUAAAAGAGGCAUUGUAGCUUCAGCUCUACAUAGACUGGAAUACAGUCAGAUAUUUUAUUAAUCUCAGACAUUCAAUAAGGGAAAAUCAGAGGAAAAGGACUAGGGCAUGGAAAGCAUUAUUUGUUUUGUUUCGUGUAAGCCAUCCCUUCUUUUUUAGUAUUUGUUCACCAAAGAUCUGCCACAUAUAAACUAAAGUCACAUUAUUUUUCAAGCCAAUCUGUAUAUUAUUUAUUUUAUGUUUUUAUUUUUACUGAGUUUUUUUUUCUUGAAUCACUAUACAAUAAUUAAAGUUGUGUUAAACCUA